AUGAGAUCCCCCAUUGGAGCAAGAUGGGAAUCGAACCAGCGUCCAGGGGAACCCACCAGAUGCGUGUCUAUAACCAAGUCGUGGUGCAGAGUAUCACGAGGUCUCUAUAGUAUCUCCACAGCCAUCCCUGGCCUCUAUAGUAUCUCCACAGCCAUCCCUGGCCUCUAUAGUAUCUCCACAGCCUUCUCUGGCCUCUAUAGUACCUCCAUAGCCUUCUCUGGCUUCUAUAGUAUCUCCACAGCCUUCUCUGGCCUCUAUAGUAUCUCCACAGCCUUCUCUGGCUUCUAUAGUAUCUCCACAGCCUUCUCUGGCUUCUAUAGUAUCUCCACAGCCUUCUCUGGCCUCUAUAGUAUCUCUUCAGCCUUCUCUGGCCUCUAUAGUAUCUCUACAGCCUUCUCUGGCCUCUAUAGUAUCUCUACAGCCUUCCCUGGCCUCUAUAGUAUCUCCACAGCCUUCUCUGGCUUCUAUAGUAUCUCCACAGCCUUCUCUGGCCUCUAUAGUAUCUCUUCAGCCUUCUCUGGCCUCUAUAGUAUCUCUACAGCCUUCUCUGGCCUCUAUAGUAUCUCUACAGCCUUCCCUGGCCUCUAUAGUAUCUCUACAGCCUUCCCUGGCCUCUAUAGUAUCUCUACAGCCUUCUCUGGCUUUUAUAGUAUCUCCACAGCCUUCCCUGGCCUCUAUAGUACCUCCACAGCCUUCUCUGGCCUCUAUAGUAUCUCCACAGCCUUCCCUAACCUCUAUAGUACCUCCACAGCCUUCUCUAGCUUCUAUAGUAUCUCCACAGCCUUCUCUGGCCUCUAUAGUAUCUCUUCAGCCUUCUCUGGCCUCUAUAGUAUCUCUACAGCCUUCUCUGGCCUCUAUAGUAUCUCUACAGCCUUCUCUGGCCUUUAUAGUAUCUCUACAGCCUUCCCUGGCCUCUAUAGUAUCUCUACAGCCUUCUCUGGCCUCUAUAGUAUCUCUACAGCCUUCUCUGGCCUCUAUAGUAUCUCCACAGCCUUCCCUAACCUCUAUAGUACCUCCACAGCCUUCUCUAGCUUCUAUAGUAUCUCCACAGCCUUCCCUAACCUCUAUAGUAUCUCCAAAACCUUCUCUGGCUUUUAUAGUAUCUCUUCAGCCUUCUCUGGCCUCUAUAGUAUCUCUAUAGCCUUCUCUGGCCUCUAUAGUAUCUCUAUAGCCUUCUCUGGCCUCUAUAGUAUCUCUACAGCCUUCUCUGGCCUCUAUAGUAUCUCUACAGCCUUCCCUGGCCUCUAUAGUAUCUCUACAGCCUUCUCUGGCUUUUAUAGUAUCUCCACAGCCUUCUCUGGCCUCUAUAGUAUCUCUUCAGCCUUCUCUGGCCUCUAUAGUAUCUCUACAGCCUUCUCUGGCCUCUAUAGUAUCUCUACAGCCUUCUCUGGCCUCUAUAGUAUCUCUACAGCCUUCCCUGGCCUCUAUAGUAUCUCUACAGCCUUCUCUGGCUUUUAUUACCUCCUCUACAACCUUCAGAAACAUAACGAAACUUUUAUUUAUUUCACGAAUUCCGACUAA